UUUGGUUUGCUAGAUUCUAUUUGUCAACCUCCGUCUCUGCUCCUGUUUCUUCUUCGAAAACCCUUAAACUGAAGAAGCACAAAAACAAAAAGAAGGGUUUUGUAAACCAUGGAGAAGGUUUCAGCAGCUUGCGCCAUGGAAUGGAGCAUCAAGCUCGAGAAAUCUCUUCGUUCUAAAAAUCCAGUUAGAGCCGUUGAAGUUAUCUUAGAGACUGGUGGGAAGCUUGAACAAUGGAGCAAAGAACCAGAGCCUGCAGUUGCUGUUUACAAUUUAUUUGGUUUGCUUCCUGAAGAAGAUAAGCUCUUUUCCAAUACUAUCUUGUUGAGGCUAGUUGACGCGUUUUGUGUCGGGGAUAAGCUUAUUAAGCUUGCUGUUGUCCGGGUUUUUAUGUCGAUGUUCAAGCAAAGUCGAAGAAAGAACAUAAGCGAAUCUGCAACUUGGUUUUUGUCAAAGGCUAGGGUGUAUAACCACUUGGAACUUCUGAAACGAGUGAAGAAUGUUUAUGAUAAGGGUGAUACUGAGACAAAAGCUUUGGCUUUGAUUCUGUUUGGUUGUUGGAGAGAUUUCGCUAGCGAAUUUGCUCCAGUUCGGUUCUUGAUUUUCACCAGUAUGGUUUCUUCACAUGACCUGGAGGUAAGAUCAGCUUUGUUUGCUGCAGCUUUCUUUUGUGAAGUAGCAGAUGACUUUGCUUUGGUUGUUUUGGGGAUGUUAUAUGACAUGGUGAAGUUCCCAGAUAUAAUGCCAAAGACCAGGUUAGCUGCUGUGCGAGUUUUUGCAAAAAUGGGAUGCUCGCAUGCAAUUGUUAAUAGAGCAUUCAAGAUUUGUAUGAAGCUAAUGCUGGAAUCCCCAAAAGAGGACAAUUUGGUUUCGUUCCUGGUUUCCCUGACUAAGCUUGCUUCAAGAUCUACUUAUCUUACUUCUGAACUGGCAAAGGUUAUUAUACCCUUUCUGGGUGAAGAUAAGACUUCUCAUGUUCGAGCUGCGGUAUUGAGAUGUCUUCACUUUCUCAUAGAAAGAGGGAUGUGUUUCUCUCUUGUCCAUGAAAGAGAAAUUGCAAGUGUGUCAAGCUUGCUAAAGCAAGAAGAGCUCUCAUCAGAUAUGCAACUUAAAGCUCUUCAAAUUUUUCAGAAGAUACUUGUCUACAAAAUAUGCAUGGCUGAUGCAUCUGAACUACAUCAGCUCGUAGCUAUUGUUGAGAAUGCAUCUCAAUCUCAGAUCUUCUCAAGCAGUUGUUUUGCUAUCAGUAUUUUGGUGGGUAUAUGGAUAGAAAUAGUUCGGACAGCAGAAAUAAGAUCAACUGAGGUUUCUUUAACACCUCUUCCGCUGCAUCUCGUUGUAUUAAUUAUGGACAGAGUCACCUUGCUAGGACGCUUAUGUUCGGAUCCUUUUCAAGGUGACUAUGCACUAGUUGGUGAGGUUCAAGACCUCUUCAAUGUUCUCCACCUAUUACUAGGAAAACAUUCUGAACUGAGGCUGCUAGUUCUUGACAAAGUCAUGUUAUUCCUAGAGUAUAUUGUGAACCUAAUUGAUGGCUUACGAAAACCAGAUGGAGCUCAUGAACUGCUGCUUAGUGUUAUCAAUUAUCAAGGCAAAAGAGGGGCGGUCAUGAGGUCAGAAUUUCUAGCAUCAAUACACAAGUUCCUGAUAGUGUUCUUGGAGAAUCUCGAGGGCGAUGAUUCUCUUUUUUCUCAAGUUUAUGAAAAGGUGAAGCAUAUCACUGAGUGUGUACGUUCAUGCAGCUUCUUUGAUUUCCACACACAAAUGGUAUAUACUCUGCUAUUACAUUCUCCCGUUUUUUGGGGAUUCCCUGUGAAUGAUGAUGCAGAAGGAAAGUCAGGGGUCUCAUUUGUUGCUGAUAUAGUUAACUACGGAAUCGUUUCUCUUGACUGUUCAAAUCAAAUUUUAAUGGAAAGAAACUACUGGCCUGCUUACAGAGUUGGGGUUUAUGCAGCACGUUUGGGUGCUUGGGUCAUCUCUGCUUUGAUUUUUGACAAGCUGAAAAUUAACGUCCAGUCUGAUAUUAACUGUCUUUGGUUAAAGUCAUUAACCUAUUUAUCUCGUGCUGAGGGGAAAUACCAACUGCUUUUCACACCAGGUGAUAAUUUCAAGUUAGUCAAUUGGUUGAGAAGUAGCGGUUAUUUGCCAGAACUCUCCAUAGAGGCAUCUGGAGAGUUUGCUCACUGUGUAGCUCUUCAUGAUGCUUAUAUGAAUUUACAGUCGUCUUUGGGAAUGUUGGGAAAUAUUAUAGCAUCGGGUGAAUUGUUCUGUUUCCAAACUUGGUUCUUGGUUUUAAGGACUCGGGGAGUGGAACUUGUGAUUGAUCUCGUUGAAACCCUCGGGCUGCUUAACCAAGAUAUCCGCAAUAAGAAGCUGGUGGAGAAAACGACCUUGAUUGGUUGCAGUUCUCUGCAACAGCUUCCUCGAAUUUCUAUUCAGCUACAAGAGUUGGCAAAAGAUUUUGAUAUGUUGGCGAAGUGUUAUUUAGACAUAGACGACAACAGUUUUAGCAUUAUCACAACAUUUUCACUGAGCUGUUCAGUUCUGGCUUUUGCUGCUGGAAUAGUUCUUUUCCUCUCAGAUUUUUCUUUUCAUGAAGCAAUGGUUCCUUUCACUUCACAAAGUGAUCUGUGCUCGAGGCUUGUAGAGGAUUUAGUUCAACGGCUGGGGAAAGUGGACCCUGAAAUUUGUGAAAAGCUCAACUUACUCAAUAAGGCAAACAAAACAUUAGACUGUCUACACCGGCAACCUAGGAAUCAGGUAUUGAGAGUUUGUGUCAAGGUGAAGAUGCUGCUCUCUAUUUGCAGAGAUGCUCUUGCAUGCAUUUAUGGAUUGCAGAAUCUGUCAAUAUCAAUGCAAAAAGAGGAGAUUAUGUCUGGGAUUACUGAAAGUUGCAGGAGUCUACUUUCACAAGCAAUUAUGAAAUGGAUGCAGAUUCCUUUUGGCAUUCCAAAACAUUUCUUCCACAUAAGGCCUUGUGUUGGUGCCGAGCUAUUUGCUCUUAGUUCAGGUGGUAGCAAGCAUACUCCUGAUACAGUUUCAGUGGAACAAGGGUUUCAACUGUCACUAGAUCUUUGUCUUCAGUUGAAAAACGUACAACAACGGCAAGCCCCUGUUAGGAUUAACAAACUGUAUUGCCUUCUCUAUUCUAAACUAGCUUAUCACACUCCAACUCAGCACGGUGAAACCAACAGAAACCAAAAGUCUUAUUCCCCUUGGAGAGAUGAAGAUCUGGAAGAAAUGAGUAACAAGCUAUAUCAUCAUGCUAUAAAGUCUAGUAAGAAGCUGGAAGUUUCAGGUCGAUCUGAUUGGACCAAGGAUGGUGUUUCCACGAUUGCGCAGUUCGAACCAAAUGAGAGAGGACAAGGGUUCUCGAGCUGCUUGCUAGAUGUUUCGCGCUUCCCAGUUGGCUCAUAUAAAAUAAAAUGGCUAAGCUGUUGCAUUGAUCAACAUGGUUCUUACUGGAAUCUCCUACCUCUCAAUGGAAAACCUGUGUUUACAGUUAAGAAAGCUUCGUGACUAAAAUAUUAAACCAAGUGCGUCUCACAGCUCUUUACUUUUGAUAUAAGAUCCAAGGAGGAUCUAGUUUGGGAGCAAGCAAAAAAAAGAGACAGUGAUUGGAUUGAUGUAGAAGCUUGUGACUAAUCUCGAGAUUUGCAAGUGAGUUUUGAGCAACCAAUUAAAAUCAAUCUCGGGUCUGGUGGUCAGUGGCUCAGUGCAGACAUUGAAGGGUUUUGGUUCCUCCAGAAGCUACACACAUGAGAGAUGUUUGCUUCAACGCUAUUUAGUUGAACCAUCUUUUUAUUGGUUAUGUUAUAUAUGUUAUGUACUGUAGACUAUGAGGAUCCUUGAAAUGUAAAUAAGUUAAAAAUUUUGUUUAAUUAAAAUAUAUUGGUUCAUA